UGUUCACCUUCAACGUGAAAACAACUGCAAAAUGCAGAUGCAUAAUCAAAAACAUAUUUUUGAAAUAAUGUAGUGGCAGUAGAAAAAUAUCUUUUUAUUUUUGUAAAAUAUCAGAUCACAAUGUAAAUUUUAUAAGCAUGAAUUACACUGGCUUAGAUCAAGAUUCUAGUGGAGACUGUUCUGGAGGUAGAAACUGCAGUUUUUCUGAUAACAAUGGAGCUGUACCUAAAUUUAAGUUUCCAGCACCUCCUAGGAUCUCAAAAAGUGCAAACAAUUCCUUAAACUCUUCGUAUUCGGACAGUUCUCAAUCUACCAGCGAUGGAGUUAGAUUCAACAGAAGCUAUAACAUAUCCAAAAAGAGGCAUAGAGCCCCAGCACGACAUUUACCCCCUUUGGGUAUAUACUGGGACAUUGAGAAUUGCCAUGUACCUAAACAUAAGAGCGCAACGGCUGCCGUGCAAAAGAUAAGAGAAGUAUUUUUGCAGAAUUAUAGAGAGUCUGAAUUUGUAGUUGUCUGUGAUGUUAAGAAAGAAAGUCCUCAGCUUGUACAGGAAUUGCAUGAUGCACAAGUGAUGUUAGUGCAUGUGUCCUCAAUUUCAAAAAAUGCUGCUGAUGAAAAGUUAAGACAAUCGCUGCGAAGGUUUGGGGAGCUACAUCCGCCACCUUCUGCAGUUGUUUUAAUUUCUAGUGAUAUAAAUUUUGCAGCAGACCUUUCUGACUUGAGGUAUAGAAGGAAAAUCAGGGUUAUUUUAGUACAUAAUUAUAAUAUAGCUGAUGCUCUAAUAUUAUGUGCAAAUGAGCAUCAUUUGUUUUGUCAAUUAAUGAAAGAAAUACCAGUUUGUACAACAAAGUUUCUCAGUCCAGGUCCUGUGUAUGUAACUAUUACAAAUCUACCGAAGCAUGUGGAACAUCUAAAGAUUAAGAACAGAUUAAAAAUUAUAGUUGAAAAUUGUGGUGGGAAAAUAUUUAACGUCAAGUCCAUUGAUGGGACAGCAACUGUAAAGUAUACUACUUUAGAUAAUGCAACCAGGGCACAAAGAAGAAUUCACGGAGAAGAUGUUUUCGGAAAUAAACUAAGGGUUUCUCCGGCAAUAAGAAACAUUUCAGGUCACACAAUCAAAUAUGCAGAUCAAUCUUUUCAUUCUUAUGAUAUGCCUCCUCCUCCGCCACCAGGCUUCACAGAUUCUUACCUUAACGGAACCAGUAACAAAGAUACAAGGAAGCCCCUUCAAAAUUCCAGCAACCAACAAGUUCAGCAGCUUGUCGAUGCUUGCGCCUUCAGACCCAUCAGGGGCGCUUCGAGUGUAUCACCAAUGGAUGUUUGCUACGACAGUUCGUGGUGGAGCAAAAAAGGUCUAGAGCGUAAGUCCUCCCAAGAUCAAUUAUUGAAUGCUAUAGGCAAUCUUCCUAGUCGUAGUCAUAAGAACAGCGGAAGUUCAGAAUAUACCAGCGAUGAACAGAAGACGGGAUAUUCCAGUGAGAGCGACGUUAAGAGUUUACAAUCCAACCAACCAGUAGAUUUAGUAAUUUCUAAUUUAGACCCAACUAUAGAACCAAAGGAACUCAAAAGACUGCUUACAAAUAUGCUCAAAGAGUAUGCUAUGAUACUAAGCUUAAAUAUUACAGUACAAAACGAUGGUAUGCCCAUAGCAAACAUCAGGGUAAAUGGGCAAAGGGAAGCCCAGUUCACGAUCUCACAGUUGCAUAGACAAAAGUUAGGACACAAAAGAAUAAUCAUAUCCUACGCUCAGAGUUCGUCGCCGUAUCCUGAAGAACUUAGAGCUAUGGUUAUAGAACUAUUACAGGAAGUACCUGAUCAAUGCAUGCCCCUAUUUAAAUUUAUAAAUUUAUUGGAAUCACGUUAUCAUUGUACCGUAUCAGUGUCAGAAGUUAACAAACUGAAAGACGUUUGUAAGAUAUCAGACUGUCUAGGAUCUAGGAUAAUAUCAUUGAACCAAGACGUUAAGACGUCGCCUCCACCAAAUUUAUCCAGGACGUUUGUUCAGUACUGCUCGAUACAUUGUCCAAAUGGUGUCCAGAGCCGAGGUUGGUGUGAGUUAAGCGUAAUUCAGACGCCAAAUGUUAAGAUGUCACUCAAAGUAUUUGCAAAUAAGCUUCUGGUACUAUUAAAAUUACAUUUGGGUGUGAUGCAUCUUCUCAGCUUUCAGGCGUGUUACGAACAAGAGUUCCAUGAGCCUUUGCCAGUAUACGAUGGAGGUGUGCCCUUGGAGCAUCUUGUUACCUGUGUACCAAAUAUAGAAAUAAAACUCGUAGGACCAAAUAAAAAUAUUAAGAUUAUUAGAUAUCUUGACUCUACGAACGAAGAAACCGAUGAAGAUUCAGUGCUGAGAUCUGUCCCACCUCCGCUUGCACCAAAUAUAAGUCUUUUGUGCCGCGAACUAAUAGAUCUUUUGAAAACCCAAGACCGAUGCCAGUUACUCCUGGGCAAAUUCAUUCCGGCAUACCAUCACCAUUUCGGAAGACAAUGUAGAGUUGCUGAUUAUGGAUAUACCAAAUUGGUGGAUCUCUUCGAGUCGAUUCCACAUGUCGUACAGAUUCUUGGCGAUGGCACCAGACGAGCCAUAACGCUGUCACACUCGGCUCAAGUGCGUCGUUUCACCUCGGAUCUCUUGCGUGUCCUCAAAGUCCAACCUGCCAAACAAAUAUCCCUGACUGACUUUCCAGUGGCGUACGAAAAAGUGAUCAACAAACCAUUUAACGCAUUCGAAUACGGACUGUGCACCUUUGAAGAUUUACUGCAAGAAAUUUCUGAGAAUACGGUGGUUGUCAGUCAGAACGAGAACGGAGAGUUUGUUAUAGCAGUGCCCAAGAGAGAACAAACGGCUGAGGAGAUCAUGAGGACCAAACAGUUCGCUGCGGAGGUCAUCGAUUUACUUCGACACUCUCCUUAUUACUCGAUGUUUUUCAACAAAUUCGUCCCAGCAUACCACCACCACUUCGGACAUCAAUGUAAAGUAUCAAACUAUGGUUUUACCAAAUUGAUAGAACUUUUCGAAGCCAUACCAGACAUAGUAAAGAUCGAAGAAUUACCCGACGGAGAAAGAACCGUCGGUUUAACAUUACCUGAGGCUUUGAAAGUAUUAGGAACUCAAAUAGUGAUAUUAAUCAAAUCGUCACCGCAGGAGUCCCUUCUUCUAAAUGAUCUACCCAAAGUAUUCCUGGCGGAAUAUGGUUAUCCUCUAAAGCCGCAGUUGUAUGAAUGUAUGUCAGUGUCGGAAGUGUUAACGAAAAUUUCAGAUUAUGUUCAGGUGAACAACAGCAAUGCUGGUUUAUUGCUUGUUGCGAUAGAACUAGACACGAUUCCCAGUGUUCUAACGAUCAGAUCUUGGGCAUUACUGCUGAAGUCUCCACAUUGUCUAGAUCUUAGUACUUUCCGGUAUGAAUAUCAGUCGAGGUACAACAGCGUCUUCUCGAUGGAAGGACUACAACAGAUCGGGAACGUAAUUUCGCUAUCAUUAAACAAUGAUGCAAACUACAUAUCCUUGACGAACUUGUACGUCCUGGCCGCUCAAUUGUAUCACGUCCUCUACAAGAACGGAGGCAGCGCCCUCUAUUGCAACCUAGAAAAGUUAUAUCAAGACUUCUACGGGAAAGCUCUGAAGCUGAGUUCGUACCAAAUUUAUUCAAUAGACGACUUCUACAAUCACUUCAACCUCAUGUUUUUCAUCAGAAGCAGCAAAAAGAAGACUGUGGUAGUGCUCAAUAGAAAUCUAGCUGAGCAUUUCGUAUCGCUGCCACCGUCCAUGUUCUACAUGUUCAAGCACAACGAGCCGGUAGGUAAGAGAGACAGUCCCAAUAAUUGGCCCCCACCUCCCCCUCUCGAGAUGGUACCAACAAACAUCAAGCGAUCGGGUCCCCCCAAGCCUGAUACUCCACCGACGCCAGAUAGCAAUCCUUCGAACGUUUGGUCGGUCAAUUCUCCGAUCGAGGGUCGCUUAAACCUGUCGAUACAUAUGCCCAUCAUUCAAAAUCCACAGCUGUUGAGCAAUCCUUACACAUUGAUUUCACCUGCGCGCCAUCUACUGCCGUCUAUGAAAUAUCUGUGGAAUGGAAUCGUGUCUUCUCCGGAUCCGUCAGAUUUACCGAUGCCUGAUAAACUGAUGGUUAAAGGUGGAGUUGCAGAUGAUUCACAAGAUUCUGGUGUUAACAUAAAAUUAGAGAAUUCUCCUUCAGAUACAGAAAACGAUGCUGCAACUUCUACAAAUUUAGGUGAAAAUGGAAAACCAUCCUUUGCAACUUAUCUAAGCUUUAGCAGUUAGGUUGCCAAGAACGAAAUAAAACAUACGCACAAGUUUUAACGAAAAAUCUUUUGAAACUGUUGUUCCACGUGGGAGCUGGUAAUUUUAUCAAAAGUCUAAUCCGUUUCCAACUUUACACUUAUAGUAUAUUUUUGUUAAAGUAUAUUCUUGUAGUACAAAGACGACCUAGAUAUCGUAGAUGUGGUUUUCAAGAAUUUUAAAUAUUUUUUAGAUCAUAAAAAUACUUUGAGAAUGAUUUACCAUCAGUUCUAGUAAGAACAACGAUUAGAUUAUAAUGUUAUAGAUCGUAUUUUUUUAAAUUGUCAUUAGCUACUUAAUUUUUUAUUAGUUUCUAAUUUUAAUUCAAAAAUUGUGUCCGUACCAAAAGAGUUACAAGAGAUUUCUUUUAAAAAAUAUAUUUUUCGGUGCAUUUAAAACAUUUAUUUAAAUGUGCAUUUUAUGAAACCUUCUUCGCAUUGACUUUUUUGCAGACAUCUCUUGUACCUCGUAUACUUUUUAUGAUCCGAAAAAAUCUACAUUUAAAUGCUCAACUGGCAUUCAAGUAGGAGGUAUUGUAAGUAUCAAUAAUUUUUAGCUGAACUGAUUGUCUGAGAGAAAUUUGUACAGAAUGUCCCACGUUAUGCGUUCGGACAGGUUCAAUAUUUAAAAAAAAAUGUGAUUGCAUUAGUAAAUUAAUAUAUUAGUAAUAUAUAAAACUUUAUUUUACGUAUUGUUUAUCAAAUGAUUCAAUAUUUGCUUUAAAACGGAAGCAAGUAGUAGAUGUGGUGCUACAUUCUGUACAACUUGCUGUAAAUAAUUAGCUGAAUUGAAUAUUUCAAUAAUUUUCAAUUGUAACACUAAACAAAAUUUGAAGGAAAAAAAUCUCGUCCUCCUCAGUACUAAUCCUGUUCAGGAAUUCCCUUCCAUAAUCCUCUGUUAUGGGCUAGUUGUUGGACUUCGUCGACUCAGUUAUUGAGUAUUUUUUGUUGAUCCAUCCAACAGCUGGAGCUCUUACCCUAGAUCUUUUUCCUUCACCUCUGCACUCGAUUAUCAGUUUUUCCAUCCAGGAAAACCCUACAUGAAUAAAUAAUCUAUACUGACAUGAGAAUCAAACAUUCAAAUUAAAAAAAAGUAUAUGGACUUGUUAAUUGCUUUUCUAUUUAAGUAUCAUGCUAAAAAAUCUUUAUUAGAUAUAGUUUUUAGCCCAAAACGAAUUUUGUACCAUGCAUUCAGACGUAAAUUUUGGUUUUCAGACGGUUUUCUUGUCUUUCACUAUAAGGUUUGUUCCAACUCGAUACAAAACCGUUCUUGAAUCGUUUCGCGCAUGCGCAAUAACUAAUAAUUAUGCGCAGUAACACAUUUUUCGUUACUGCGCAUACUCGUAACCGUUCAAGAACGGUUUUGUAUCGAGUUGGAACAAACCUUGUGUGUCACUUCAGAUGUUAUUUGUCAAUUAUGUAAUUUUGCAUUGUCAACGACUUUGUAUUAUCUGAUUGUUUAAACUUAUUUUGCAAACUAUGUCUGUUAUUUGUUUAUGCCGUAUUUUGUAAGAUGAAGGGAAUAUUCAAUGCUGAUACAUUUUUUCAAUAAAGAAACUGUAAAAGCAUAGUAGAGAGAUAUAUUGUCUUUUGCAUUCUUGCAUUGGUUAUUGUCUGAAAUUGCAUUUACAAGAUGUCUAUUACAGUUGUCAAUAAUGUCAUUGUCAACGAUUUUGUAUGCCAUUUUUUUAAAUUGCAAUUUUUUAUUUGGGAUUAAAAAUGAUUUGUUUAUAUUUAUAGCAUGAUUGAUUCACAUUAUUUUUUUGUGUAGUGGUAGAAUUAAAAUUAUUGAAAUGUCCACUCUAUUGUUUAUGGCAUUGUGUUUUAAAAGACCAAUUUGUUUCAUCAUUCCUAUGAUUUGUGUCUGUGAUUGUGUACUAUUUAUUAUUAUUCAGUUAGUAGAUAAGUCGAUAUCUUUCGAACAAAAAACUGCUAUCGACUUACCGAUUUUAUUUCUGUUGUGUAAAUUGCAUUUAUUGAAUUUUUGGUUGUUUUUUUAAAACAGCGCUUAUGCAAUUUUUAUGCAAUACUAUUUUGUAAUGUAAUUAUUACUUUUUUACAAUAUAUGUGACUUUUUUUCAAGUAUAGAAUGUAAGAAAAUUUGUCUGUACGAUUUUAAAAUCGGUUCUGCCAAAAAAAUGUAUUAUGAUGUGUUGUUAUAAAUAAAUAAAUUUGUACUUUUUUA